AAUUCUGGACAUCGAAGCUUUGGAUACUUUAUACUUACCCAUAAAAGAAGCAUUACAGGAAAUGAAGCUAUGGAAUAACGUUAAAGAAACUUUAUUACCCAAGCAAUUAUCUAACAAGCUAAAGAGAUUCAUUAUAAAUCAAGUUAAGACUGGUAAUGCUUUAAUACCAGAUGAUGGAGAUAAUCUGUUGUAUUGUAAAACUCAAAUUUUAAUUGAUUCAAUCAAUUAUGGCAGUAAGGAUAAAAAUUAUCUUAGCAAUUACGGCAGUGAGGAUAAAAAUUAUCUUAGCAAUUAUAGCAGUGAGGAUAAUAAUAAUAAUGAAAAAAAGGUCUUUUAUAAUGAUGAAAGGGAGGAAAAACAUAAAGAAAUUAGUAAUAGAAUGUUUAUAUUUAUUCCAACAUAUAAUACGCCUAGAUCAUCUAUUAAUCAUAACUAA